UAGUAUAACCGCAGAGCAAAACAAAAACCAUAAUCUUGUACUCUUUGCGAGCACAUGUACAGUAGGUUGUAGUACUUAGCUCGUUAGCACUUCAGUAAUUGGACAGUUCAGUCAAAGCAAAGCUUUAAAAAGAACCUCUUAUAUUGAUUCGCAAUUUUCUACAAGACAAGAAAGAAUGGAGUCCUACAAGAAGGAGAAAAGCAGCCGUCAACACAUGAAGAUUGACAUUCAGAGCAAUCUGGGUUCAGUUGCCACUCAAGAAGGGCUGUUGCUAGCUAACCCUAUGGCCUGUGGUGAUGUAUCCCCUGGGCCUGGGGCUAACAACACAGUGCUCAAGCAAAUCACUAGCCCCACUGCAAAACAAGAUGUCCAUUUCUCACUCCACAAUUCUACCUCCUCCAAUGCACCGACUGAAUCUGCUGCAGCAAACACGAUCAGCCAUUCUCGAACAAAUUCUCUCGAGUAUUCCAAUAAUUCUGGGACCUUGUCUCGCGCGAACAGCAGCAACUCUGAGAGGUCUUCGUUUCGUGAGAAAUCCAAAUCUCGUCCAAAAAGUCCGUCUCUGUUCCGAUUCUUUGUCAAGGGGCACAGUGGAUCCGGUAGCACGAAUGGGAGCGCAACAAACUCACCCAUGACUGGUACAACUGGGCCUAGAUCUGUCAAGAGGUCAAUGGCGGAGGAGGAAGAGGAGGACUAUGGUGGUGAUGCCAGCUCUAACAGUGAUCAUGAGGACCCUUUCUCUCCUCGAGGGGCGUCGGCCUCGGGGGACCUGAUAACUAACAGACACGCCACAGAAUCACCCAAAUCUCCAAGCAGUGUGGAGCAAAUCAGUGCAUUGCCACGACAACCAUCCAAACGACAUGCUCGUAAUUCCAGCAGUGGUUCCGGUAACUACACGUAUCGAGACUCAGGCUUCUCCUCAGAGAGAGAGUCGGUAUCUCAACUGAGAGAAGACAAAGAAAUAUUCGAAGAUGCCCGCUGCUCCGUGUCCCCUGGUCCGCUGGAGGAGGAGUUUCAAGGUGCAGGAAUGGGAGCCUUGGAGAGCCUACACAACCAACUACAGAUACUGGUCAAACAGAACUCCCCAACAGAAGAAGCUGACUCUGUGGCAGUGUACGAGGAGGUCAUCGUCAGCCUCUCCCGUCAGGUGGAAGACUUAUCGAGCACGGUGGAUCUCCUGCGACAGUGCGAUCAGACUCUGCGGUUCUCUCUGAGACUGGCAGACCAGAAAACACUGGAGGCUGAGAGCAAGCUGCAUCAUGCUUUAGAGAGGUGCCAGCGAGGGGAGAUGCGUUACAUUAAACUGUCUAACAAGCAUCAGGCUACCACUCGACGAUUGAGAGAGCUCGAGAAGUCCCAUCAGAAGUACUCAGUACUUGUCAACUCGGACAAAAUCUCCACAAACUCGAGUCCUCCUUCCAGUAGUAACCGCAGUAACCGCUCCACCCCUCAACGUGUCCAAUCUCAGACCCAGUACGAUCGUCGUCAACGUCCUGACUCCGCCCCCAUUCGUAGACCCAGCACUGCUCAGGGAUUCAACCAAGAUGAACCCGGGUUCAACCAAGAACAAACUGUUCCGCAUAGGAAAAUUAGUAGUUUAUCGCACACAGAGACUCCUGUCUAGAGUAUAAGUCAUUAAUCUAUAGUAUUUUUUUACUUUGUUUUGUACGUCGUGUAUAUAAUUAUGCUUGUAUUGACUGUGCAAUCUUUAUAACAUGUGCAAAAAAUUCACUAUUAACAAUUAAA